AUGUCAACCGAGUCUGAUUCGCCUUUCUUCAUACCUCAAAACAUUCAGAUCGCUGCAAUUAGCGGAAAUCUCAAUGCCGUAUUGGUUUCUACUCUUUUAACAGGAUUCUAUUCUGUGGUGUAUCUGGGGACUAUGUACCUUUAUAUCAGCCGAAUGCCUACCAGCCAAGGAAAAAUAGUCAUACUUUCAGCAAUUUCCCUUCUUUACGCGCUUUGUUUGGUACAGCAGGCCAUCCAAUGGUACUACAUCAACUUAAUUCUAAUUUUCAACGGCGACACACGAUUGGAUAUAUUUUUUGCAGUGCUAGAACGUGGAUCAGUCGCGGUAUACGCAGUCUUUCAGUUCUCGUUCUGCUUUAUUUUUGUGGUAUCUGAUGCGCUUCUGAUUUGGAGGUGCUACCAUGUCUGGGGGAAGUCAUUCAAGAUAAUCAUUCUUCCGUUAGCAUUGAUUCUUGGUGAAAUGGGCCUGUCCUUGGCAGUAACUUUGGUUCCAGUUGUCAAGCCUCCUACAUUUACCAGCUCUAUCUCUUCCUUCAAGAACCUUACAAGUAUUCAAACGCUGGUUUCAUUUGGAACCACGGCAAUCUGUACCUUCUUGAUCGGCCUUAAGAUACAUAAAGCAUCCCAUCAGAAUUUUACUGGCAAUGGAAUCCGGUCUACCAAGCGAUUGGGCCACAUUAUAAAGAUCAUAGUCGAGUCCGCUGCUGUAUAUUCUUUGGUUACUCUGGUGUAUGCCAUCCAAGGGAUUAUUCCGUUCUCACCAGAAACAAUUGUAGAGUCGCCUCUCCUGGUAGAAGGCCUUUAUAUGCAGGUUAUUAUAGUUGCGGUGGCGGGAUUAGCUCCGACCGUAAUUGCCGCACGAAUUGCACUUUCGACUCCAAAGAGCACUUUCAGGGAGCCCACGACUCGUAUUUCUGAUAUGAUUUUCCCAAACAUCCAAGGGACCAACAGUGGCGGGACAGCCGUUAUAACGAAUAUCAGGUGUUAA